CGCAGCAUCUCUCCUCAUAGCAUCAUCAUCAGCAUCUGUACCAUCUUCUCUGGCUCUCUCUCUCCCUUUAGCUGAAUCGAUUCAUCUCUUCCCUCUUUUCUCUACUUGGAUCCCUCUCUCUCUCUCUCUCUCUCUCUCUCUCUCUCUCCCACUCGGCUUCGACAACCUUCUCAUCUUCACCCAUGGUGAGCUGAAUUAGUGUGUUCUUUUACAGGAAAGAAAUACUUUUCUCACCAGACUGGCCUUGUUUCUCUCUCUUAAUCUUUCUCUCUUUCCAGUUGUCCAUGCUCACAACUUUUUCGCUCCCCCCCCCAUGUACCGAUUCCUUUUCCAACUCUCCAACUGCGUCAAUCUAACUCCCUCCUCUCUUUCUCCUCCCCGCGGAGGUGAGAGAGGAAGGAGGGAGUCGGCUUAACCCUCAAAACAGAAGCUAGCUGUGGUAAUAUAGAGAAGAGAGCACAACAAUUCAGUAGAUCUUGAAGUGUUGAAGAAGGUGGAGAGAAGAGAAAAUAUUUUCAGGGACAUGCAACAGCAGAAAGCAGGGUCCCAAUUCGUGGUGCCGCAUUCCGAAAUGGCCCCAUUCUCCCCCUCCGCUGUCGGCUCCGGGGCGCACUUACUGGGAAUUCCCGGUCCUGACCCCCUCCAGCAGUCGCCGAUGACGGAGGCGGCGUCGCCCAUCAGCAGCCGGACACCGGCGCGGCCGCCCACCGUGGAUUUCGACGAACUAGCACCCGCGGUGGCCGGGAACUGCCCGGACGACCAGGCUCUUGCUGGGGACGAGGAUGCCGAGAGGGGCGGAGGCGCGACCGGAAACCGGUGGCCACGGCAGGAGACGCUCGCCCUGCUUAAGAUCCGCUCCGAGAUGGACGCCGCCUUCCGGGACGCCACCUUCAAGGGCUCUCUCUGGGAGGAGGUCUGCAGAAAACUGGGGGAGUUGGGGUACAAACGGAGCGCCAAGAAGUGCAAGGAGAAGUUCGAGAACGUGCACAAGUACUACAAGCGCACCAAGGAAGGCCGGGCAGGUCGCCAGGACGGCAAGAGCUACCGCUUCUUCAGCCAGCUGGAAGCUCUCUACAGUGGCAGCAGCGACGGCGGCGCCACCACCUCAACCGCCAAACCCGCCCCUGCUCCUCCCCUCGUUGCCGCCUCAUCUGCCUUCAGCGCCGGCAUGGCGGGACCACCCGUCAGCAGACCCCAGCCUAUCUCUGCGACGGCCCCACCAACCAUGGCGACGCCCACUAGGGUGGUCGUCCCCGAUCUGGCGCUACCCGGGGGCCUGCAAGGACUCACGAGCUCUGCUGUCGCUGGGAUAACGUUUUCGUGGAAUUCUUCCUCUUCUUCGUCGUCUUCGGACUCCGAUGCCGAGGAAACCGGAGAUGCCGAUGAGAACCAGGAAGGGAGGAAGCGGAAACACGGCGGGGGGUCAGGAGCAAGCCGGAAGAUGAUGGCCUUCUUCGAUCGGUUGAUGAACCAGGUGAUGGAACGGCAGGAUGCUAUGCAGCAGCGGUUCUUAGAGGCCAUCGAGAAGAGAGAUCAGGACAGGAUGAUCCGAGACGAGGCCUGGCGGAGGCAGGAGAUGGAGCGGCUCAAUCGUGAGCAGGAGCUCUUAGCCCAGGAGCGCGUCAUGGCUGCCUCCCGAGACACCGCCAUAAUCUCGUACCUUCAGAAGAUAAGUGGGCAGACCGUCCCCGUACCACCGAUGCCUGCCACCCCUAUCUCCAUUGCUCCACUUUCGCCACAGCAGCCGUCUCAACAUCCUCAUGAACGAUCACAGCCUGCAAGACAGCAGCAGCAGCAGCAGACACCACGCGCACCGGCACAGUCACCCCAGAACCAGAACGAGUGUAAGCAACACCACAAGAGCAGCGAGGUCGUCCGGCACAAGUCUUCGUCGGCGUCAGAGAUCGAUCCCACUUUGGAGCCGCAGGAGGCUGUCGGAAGUGGGAGCCUCGAGCCCAUGCCGUCAUCCUCGCGGUGGCCAAAGGCGGAGGUGCAUGCAUUGAUCAGCCUCCGGAGCGGUCUCGAGUCGAAGUACCAGGAGGCCGGGCCGAAGGGGACACUGUGGGAGGAGAUCUCAGCUGGAAUGCAGCGGCUCGGCUAUAACCGGAGCGCAAAGAGGUGCAAGGAGAAAUGGGAGAACAUCAACAAAUACUUCAAGAAGGUGAAGGAAAGCAACAAGAAACGGCCGGAGGAUUCCAAGACUUGCCCUUACUUCCACCAAUUGGAUGCCAUCUACCGCAAGAAACUCCUCAGCAGCGGGGGAACCAGCAGUGGCAGCGGCAACAUCGUGGGAAUUCAACGGCAGCAAGUCCAAGAAGCCAAUCCACCUCCCAAUCAACAGAAGAGUGACGCAGUAACAAUCAUGCCACAAGAACAAGCACCUCCGCCACCACAAGAACAAGCUGGAAGCAAAAAUGGGAAGGACGGAAGCUCCAACAAUCAAAAUGGUGGGAAUUCUGAGGGCGGCGAGGUUUCCCUCGGUAUACAAGUACCAACUAGCAACGGGGGACUUCCCUCGAGAUUCUUUGGCGAAGGAUUAAACAAGUCAGAAAAUUUCGUGAAGGAGCUGAUGGGGCAACGACAGCAGCAAGCUGCCAUGGAUGAUGACUACGCUAAGUUGGAUGAAGCUGACAGCGAUAACAUGGACCAAAACGACGACAACGAUGACAACGAUGACGACGACGAGGAAGACAGGAAAAUGCAAUACACGAUACAGUUCCAGAAGCAGAAUGUGAAUAAUGCAGGAGGCAGCGGAGGGAAUGGGUCAGCUGCAGCUUCCCCGGGUUCUUUCUUGGCCAUAGUUCAAUAGAUCUGGUACCCCAAAAUCUCCAUCUCCCCAAUUAUCUUUCUCCCGGUGUAUCCAUUCGUGUUCCUGUCCUCCCCCUUCUUUUGCUUCUCUCCAUGCAUGCAUUUCCACCAUCUUCCUACACAUCACUUCUUUAGUGUAGCUUAUAGGUGUUACAUGGUUCGACAUCAAAGAGAGUUGAUUGAUGAAUGAUACACACUCAUCGCUUCAGUCCAUCCGUUGCUAUUUAUUGAUUUGUUUGUGGAAUAAGCAUCCUCUCAGGGCCAGCGGCGGCGGCACACAUCUACCAUAGGAGGCAAUAAGCACGAAGCCGUCAGCAUCGGAAGAGAGAGAGAGAGAGAGAGAGAGGAGAUUUUUUUUUGGUUGUUGUGGCAUGUACAUUGAAUUGGUGAAACGACAAGUCCAGCAAAAUCAAAGGAAUAUAUGGUAAAAAUCCUCACUGUCUCGACACCUCAA